GACACAUUUUUCAGUACCAGUGUUCUUUGACACUAUCCUUCAAACUGUCAUCUUCACCAUGAACAUAACAAUGAAAGGGAUGAAGAAUGGCACUUGUAAAAUUGACAAAUCCUUUACAAAAGUCUACCUGCCAACGAUAUAUGGACUGGGGUUUGUUGUUGGUCUGCUUGCAAAUGCUUGGGGUUUAAAAUGUUUGUCUAAAACCUGGAAAAAAAUUGGGAAUAUUCAGAUUUUUAUCCUUAACCUUGGAAUUUCAGACAUGCUGUACAUCUUCACCUUGCCUUUUUUGGCCUAUGCUGAAAUGAAAAAAUCCUGGAUUUUUGGACAAGCCUUCUGCAAAAUCACCAGAUUUUGCUUUAACUUGAAUUUAUAUAGCAGCAUCGGUUUCCUCACCUGCAUCAGCGUUUACAGAUACCUGGGCAUCGUCCACACCAUGAGAGUGAAAGGACAAAUUACUCAGAAACAUUCUGUGGCUCUUAGUGUCUUUGUCUGGUGCAUGGUCUGUCUUCAGAUUAUUCCUGACUUAUACUUUGAGAAGACACCGAAGCACAUCCUAAGAUUCUGCUUCGACACCACAGUGAAUGAACACGUCAAAGAGUAUCUGUCGUACAGCAUUUGGUGGACGGUCACUGGAUUCGGCAUCCCUCUGCUGGUUUUUUUAGGGUGUUAUGGACAUGUGGCAGUGGUGCUUUCUAGAAGAAAUGACAUCGAUGUUACUCUGAAAGAACAGUGCCUGAGACUUGUGGUAACUAUAACUCUUUUGCACGCUGUUUGUUAUAUCCCUUUUCACGUGUUUCGUAACCUCAACCUACAAACUAGGGUCUUGCAAAACGAAAGACUUUGCUACAAAAGUUUUGGGAAAAUCUACAUAGCUUACCAGGUGUGUCGUGGCCUUGCGUAUUUGAACCCUGCCAUCAUUCCACUCAUGUAUCUAAAUUGUUAUGAUGAUGUCCAUGUGCAUUUUAGAAAAAUCAGAAAAAGAGCGAGGGAAUCUCUGGAUCAGCUAACCAGAAUAGUUAUUAUUAAUAAUCCUGACAGACAACCUGCUUAGAUUUGAUCUCGAAGAAGACAAAUCACAUAUUGAUGGAUUUAUAUAAAAUGUUUGCCUGAUGGUGAUGGCCAGCUUUUCAUAUUGACCCUUUCUGUUAUUAUUAUUAUUAUUAUUAUUAUAUUAUUCUUAUUGAUACAUUUAAGCUAUUGCUACCUUGAUUUCAAUGGAAAGAUUUACAUUGUCUAGUGUUUAGAGGGAAAACAUAAUGUUUAUAUUGUUCAUUUUUUGUGCACUGUCUUAUUUUGUUUUCAAAAGUCAUGUAUGUUUGAUGGUAUGUUUCUUGCUUGAAAUUGUAAUAUGUUUUUGUUUUAGGAGUAUAGAAUACAGCGAUUACUAAAUCCAAA